AUGAGAAUAGUAUAAGUUUGUUGGCAAAAUUAAUUAAACCAUAAUUCUCGUAAUUUUUCAAUGAUUUUCAUUUAAUUUUAGAAAAGUCAUAUCUUAUCUUUAAUAUUAAGUUACUUUAGUUAUGAUAGAUAUUUUGUGAUAUCAUUAAAAGCAUCAAAACAUUAAUAAAAUAUUUAUAUGGAAGUUGAAUAAUAGUAAUAGCCAGUUAAUAUUAGAGGACUUAAUCUUUCUAGAAUAUCUUAAUCAAGCAUAUAGAUGAAUGAUGAGGAUGAUUUUUAUGGAGGGCAUUCAGGAAGAUCAAUUGAAUUAAGUAUUAGAGAAUGUCAGGAAGUGAAUGAAUUUAAAAAAAAAAGUCUAUAAAUUGAGUUGUCCAUAGUUGACUAUUUAAGCUCAAUGAAUAUUAAAAUGAAAACAGAUCCAAAAGCCAAAUAAGAUCGUUACUAUUCUAACUUAAGAAAUAACAACAAAAGAAGAGCCUAUACAACUCUAGAAAUUGAAAGGGAUUUUUCAGAUAAUACACCAGAUUCAACUAUCAAAUCAUCUUAACUUUCAUUAAAAGUAAAUUCACUUCUUGAAAGAAGAAAGACUCAAUUAAGUUUUGCAAGCACAAAUUAAAGUAUUUCAAGUUUAUAAGCAAUUUCAUAUACAAAAUUAGAAAGAAAAGUAUUUAAAAAGUCAAAAUAAUAUGAAUGUGAAGAAAUAGAUAGCAUAAUAUCCAAUUAAUCUCCUUAUUGA